AUGAAAUUAGCAGAUACCACAGAAUCAUAUAGAAAGGGAGAGGGAGCGCACACCAAUUGGGUUAUAGAUCAAAUAAGGUCUGUAAAGGAACUUAUUGAUUCGCCCAAAGAAAUGGUGCAAUGGUUAAAAACCCUAUGUCCAAGCGUACUUUUGGAUAAAUACGCGAUGUACACUUACACCACCACUAGCUUUUCUACCGAAUUGCGCAAAGAGCAUGCAGAUGCAGAAGAAUCCCAAAUAUACAAUACCGACAAAAAGAAUAUUCAGGAGGGAAAAAAAUAUCCGCUGUGUAUAGUUAUUAUAGAACAGUGCCUUCUUUAUAGCGACCAGCCAACAAGAGACACGCUAGAUCUAAUUGUGGCAGCCAUAUAUAAGGAAAUAUCAGAUAGCGAUCUUAUAUUUAUACAUAAACUAUUGGCAAAUGGAAUAAUUUCUUCUUAUAAGUACAACUAUGCCGAAGAGUACGAUAGAUGGCUUAUUCUUGCAGUAAUAAAGGUAAUGAAAGUCAAAAAGACAGAAGAAUACUGCCUAGAGUACUUUCCUGGGAUAGUUGAAAGAAUCACCACCGCAGCAAAUGCAUUUAGAGACAGAGCCAUUAUUUUAAGUGAUUAUUUAACAGACGGCAAUUUAUCGCAUGAAACCCCAGAGUCUUCCUAUUUUUAUAAUGACAUUCCCUCUACGCCAAUUAUAGAAGAGAGAGAUGACAGCCCAGAAGAGGAAAAUGACCAGGUCAUGUUCAUAACAACACUUACAGAGUAUUACUUCCUAAUUAAGAAUAGUAAAUUUGAAAGUGAACCAUCUGAAAGAGUAGAAGAGAUUCUGCUGCAGUUACCUAGACUGCUCCUAACAGAAAAGCUUGCAAUAAUCAAGAAGUACUGUUUAGACAUAAUAAGAAUACACGCAGGGAUACAAACAAAAGAAGCAAUUGAUGGAAUAUGUGCAGUUCUUUUAGUGGACGAUAUAGCGUAUUCUGCAUUUUCUAUAUUUUAUGAUAGAAAGAUGUAUUCCCUUCAUUUUAAGCGGAUAAUUGCUAGCUGUUUGCAGAUUGUUUCUUAUAAACUGCGCAAAGAUGUGAUUCUACGCAUUUUAGAUAGAUAUUCCAGUAAAGAGUGCUCUGAGGAGGAGAAGAAGCUUGGAUUAGAUGUUUUCUUUAAAAAAAUAUCUACUUGUCAUUCUAUUUAA